AUGGAUGGCAUGCGACCCAAAGGACCAACACAAGACAGCACUGUCCCUUCGCUAAUAAUAACAACCCUGGUCGUAGGGCAAAAUUUGGGACCUAUUUGUAGCCCAACUCCCAACUUGAUGGAAAACUCCCGUCACUCGACCGACUUGACCCUGCAAACAAACCACCGUCUUGUAUUUGAGCUACUGUGCCGCGAGUAUGGCAAACGACUUCACCUGGCUCUUUGUCGGCCUCCUUACAGCCACCCUCCUCCACCCUGCCAACGCAUUUAACCCUGCGAAGGAUCGAUGGCAAUGUAAACAGGGCGAUGCCAUUUGCGUCACCUCCUUUCGGUGGUGCUCUAGCAAUGACCAGGACACCUCGAAGGGCUGCUCGUUCCCAGAAAAUACGUAUCCAUAUUACAACCGCGAGGAAGGCAUGAACCCUGCUCUGGUUCUCUGGGACGAGAAGUACAAUCUAUCCUGGGCAUCCGCCGACCCUGACUACCCCGUUCUUGUGAAUUGGAGAUUUGGGAGAUACAUAAACGCCACCACUAGCGAGUCCUACUCGUGGUCUAAGAGAGAUAAUUCCUUUUCAUUCACCUUCAAAGAGCUAGCUGCCGAUUUCCCGACUAAGAAAUACGACAUAAAUUCUGACGAAGUGAAGAGCAUUAUUGGCAGCGUACUAAAUUCCUUUACUGUCUCUCAACCCGAAAAGCCAUACGGAGAGGAAUACACUUCCAACCCAUGGGUGGACACGUCAGACCAGUUUUCCGUCUUUGACGAUAUUAUCACGCUGUACCUCGACGCGCAGGAAUCAGCGGCCAAGGGAGAGGUCACUCGCCGGUGGAAACUGGGAGUCGGUAUCGGGGUUGGGAUCGGUGUACCACUUUUAAUGGCUGUGUCAUUCCUGAUUGGUAUGUUUAUGAAAGGGGGAGCUGUGCCAAAAUCAUCCGGGCUGAAAACGAGUGACGGAAAUCGUGAGGCCAGAUUAUACAGCAAAGUAGCAACAGAGCAUGAAUGAAUAGAGGGACCAGUACCAGCUCUUGAGUGCUGGCUGUCAACCAUUCUUCUUGACCCUUGGUGCACCAUAUUAAGGUCAGGAGGGAGGAUUCAGGGGGCCAAGACCCAUUAUUUCUUGAAUUAGGUCACUCUUUCACGUUUGGUUUCUGUACGAAGCUAGUCGGAGGUUAUAAAACAGAGUAACCCUUAUAGCUAAGUAGUCCUUUGACACCCUCAGUCCUACCAUACUUGGUAAGAUGUGGAGUAAGUGGUCAAACACUUGGCCCUAACUCGCUCUCUAUUCCA